AUGGAAAUCGACCCAAUCCUCAAUGGACUAAACGCUGCGCAACGGACAGCAGUCACAUCUCCAUCCUCAAUCCUCCAGGUCCUCGCCCCUCCCGGCUCUGGCAAAACCAAGACCCUAACCGCACGCGUCGCGUACCUAUUAUCGUCGAAACAUGGCUUCCGCCCUCAAGAUGUCAUCUGCUGCACAUUCACGAUUAAGGCGAGUCGGGAGAUGCGUGAGCGGCUGGCGCAUUUGAUUGGUGACAAGGUGGUCUCGAAACUUGUCUUGGGGACGUUCCAUUCGAUCUGUCGGCGGUAUCUGGUUGCUUAUGGCCAUUUGAUCGGGUUAAAGAAGGGGUUUGGUAUUGCGGAUAGUAAUGACAGUUUGGCUAUUAUUAAGCCCAACCCUGCUCGGUCACGAAUAUCCGGUCAGAAAGCGCAAGGAAUCAGCUGGCAAGAACUUAACGAUGCCAGACACCCGAAAAACGUGGACCAACAAGAAUUUGUCCAAGUAUAUCGUGAAUAUGAAGCUGCAUUGGCAAGUUCAAACCUACUCGAUUAUGAUGACCUACUCUUACGCUGCGUUGAUCUUUUGCGGCAACAUCCGCAUUGCGUGUCGAAUGUGCAGACUGUACUUGUGGAUGAGUUCCAGGAUACGAACGUCAUUCAAUACGAGCUGAUGAAUCUAUUUGCUGCGCAGAAUAGACGCAUCACUAUAGUUGGCGAUCCUGAUCAGAGUAUCUAUGGUUUUCGAUCAGCAGAAAUCAAGAAUCUAGAGCGCAUGCAGAGGCGGUAUCCGAAUACCUCUGUAGUUCUAUUGGAGGAUAAUUAUCGAUCAUCAGGCUCGAUUUUGGGGUCGGCUGAGCAGGUCAUUGAGCAAGAUACAGCGCGACCCGUGAAGAAGCUCCACCCGACGCAUGGGGUGGGAACGAUGCCGGUUUUACGAAAAUUGCCGACGGCAGCGGCGGAAGCACAGUGGAUGGUGAUGGAGAUCAAAAGGUGUAUCACACUAACGGGCCAGUUGCUCAAGCCUUCUGACUUUGCUAUAUUGCUACGCUCAGCUGCGCUGUCGCGGCAGAUCGAGUCUGAGCUUGGAAAACAGGGAAUUCCAUAUCGCAUGGUUGGUGGGUCAAGAUUCUUUGAUCGAGUUGAGAUUCGACUUCUGUUGGAUUACCUCCGUGUCAUCAGUCAUCCAGAGAACAAUGAUGCCCUUGCUCGCAUUAUCAAUGUUCCUACAAGGAAGAUUGGGGAUGAAACACUGAAAAGCUUGACUGCAGGUGCUGAAAGUGCCAAACUUCCGCUGUGGACAUUUAUCAAGGAUGUGGCGCAAGGCCGUAGGUCUUKCCAGAAGAAUAUAUCCAAGGCCGCCAGCACCGGACUCUCAGUGUUAGUCGGUCUACUUGAGGCAGCAAGACAGAAAUUACACGAUUGUAUGGAUGAGUCCUCACCUAGAGUUCUUCUCGAGUUUGUCAUCAGCAAGCUUGGAUUUCGAGAAUACCUUACGGCAACUUAUCCCUUAGAUGAAGAGAAUAGAUGGGCGAAUGUGGAGGAGCUCCUCGCGCAAGCUGGUGAUUCCUCGGCACCUUAUCCCCAGCAAGACGAUGUUCUCCCGGAAAUCGAAGGCUUAGAGCAACAUCAAGGUCACAUAGGAGAGGAAGCUCUGUCGAGGUUUCUCGCGAAUGUAGCUCUGUCGACAGAAAUUACCACUGAAGAAAGCGACCAACCACAAGAAAAAGUAACAAUCUCUACAAUUCAUGCAGCCAAGGGACUAGAAUGGCCUGUCGUAUUCGUCGCUGCUGUCUACGAGGGGAUUAUACCACAUUCCAGAGCCGAAGAUAGCGAUGAAGAAAGAAGGUUACUAUACGUAGCUAUGACGAGAGCGCAAGCACUUUUGUAUCUCAGUCUGCCUCGUCGUGAUUCGAAGAAUGGCGAAGAGACGAGGACAAGCUCGUUUUUGCCUCCGAGUAUAGUUAAAACCAAGUUCCGUGCCGUUGGACCAAAGCUUGUUGACAAGAGUAUCUUCGCUAUCGCCGAUAUUCUUGGCCGUGAGCAUCCGAGUCAGGAAGCGAUAGUCAAGGGUUUAGAGGCCGGGCUGCCGAGUAACAACGACGACCUCUGGACCCAUGAUGGCGAGUUUACAGGUGAUGCAGCUACAAGAUGGGAUGGAUCAAAAGCGUCGUCAGCACCCGACGCCCGUGGUCAAGCGCAGGAGAAUUGGGCAAAGCGUCGUCGAUUGAAUGACCAAAAACAAGAUUCUACUGGCGCCAACUCAUCAGCAUCAGGCUUUGUCACUGCGACCUCUUAUACCAUGAAUAACGCCUCCGGGUUCUCGGUAUCGACUAAUACAGUGUCAAUGGGAUUUUCUUCUGCAAGGCAACAUAUGAAGAUAGCACCCCCGUCUCCUGAUGAGAAGGAGCCAGUCAAGCCUACACAACGGAAGACUGUCACUUCUAUGUCUCGGACGAAUUCGGCACCCCCUGGACAGGGAACAUUAUCAAGCUAUUUCGGUAUCAACAAUCCCAAGCCGCAAACUACAACAAGCACCUCAAAUGACGAUAGAAGAAGACCUGUAUCACAAGCAAACCGUGACUCGCCCGCUGCCCUCAAUUCUGCAGCGAUGGAUGCUCAAAAACUUAGCACGGGAGGCUAUCGUAUCCAGCCUCAGGCAUACAAACCACCCCGUCCUGUCCCACUAGCAGCUAAAGAUGUAGAUAAUUAUACAUGGCUACCACCAUCGGACAAAGCCUCGCCGCCAUCAGCUUCAAAAACCACAUUAACGCCUACAUCAACGGGCGAUUUCAAACCUCCCAAUAACACGAUGAAUAAUCCGCCAUCUACAUCGUUCCAUACAACGACAACGAUGAUGGGAACAACAAUGAAUCAGCUAUCAACGGCACAGAGCGCUGGGGGAUACGGUGUUUCUAUGGGACGCAAGACUCUGGGUGUGCGACGGAGUCUGAAUAAUGGUUGGGCGGAGAGGAUGAGUCGAGGUAAUCAGCAGAAUCAUCCUAAGUAG